AGUUUACUGGGGCAGCAGGGCAAGUUGUCAGGCCCCAUGAGUGACAAUGCUGGAGAAGGGAGAGCAUCAGAAAAGAGGAAAGAGCAGAAAGGCAGGAAAGCAGGGGAGAGUUCCAAGGUGGAAGAUGAAUUCAAAGAACUGUCCAUCUACUUCCCUAAGGAGCAAUGGGCAGAGAUGGGAGCCUGGGAGAAAACCCGCUACAGGAACAUGAAGCGGAACUAUGAGUUUAUGGUUGAACUAGGCCUUCCUACCCAGAAACCCGCAUUUAUGUGUCGUGGUCGACGUCCCCAGAACCCCAUCAUAUACGACUCUGAGUCUGAUGAAGACUGGACACCAAAACCUUUAGUUAAAACCUUCAGGCCACCACGUAAAUCUGGCAGUUUGAAACAGGAAAAAAAGAAAAGGCAGAACAUCAGUCACAAUGAAAAGACAGUGCUGGAGAAGGCCUCUGAGAAUCAGACAGACACUGAGAAAUUGGACAAAAAUUCCGAUGUGGGCACCAGAAUCCCUGUCACUAAUGUUGUUGAUCUGAAAACUGAUCUACCCAGGUUAGCAGUUUCUAAAACCCAGGGGCAGAGCACCCAAGUUAACACAUACAGCUUACGAAAGAGAGAGAAAAAAGUGUACGUUGAAAUAAAUGAACCACAAGAUGAUGAUUACUUAUUUUGUGAGACUUGCCUGAUAUUCUUCAUUGAUGAGUGUUCGGUUCAUGGCCCUCCAGUUUUCAUCAAAGACCCGAUAGUAGAAACAGGACAAGAAAGGAGAGCAGCUCUCACUUUGCCCCCGGGGAUGCGAAUUGGGCUUUCGAGUAUCCCACAGGCUGGGCUUGGAGUCUGGAAUGAGGCAGACACCCUGCCGAUCGGAGUUCAUUUUGGCCCAUACGAUGGAAGGAUAACAGAGGAUGAGGAAGCAGCCCACAAUGGUUAUUCUUGGCUGAUCACCAAGGGAAGAAACUGGUAUGUAUACAUUGAUGGAAAGGAUGAAACUAAUGCCAACUGGAUGAGGUAUGUUAACUGUGCUAGGGAUGAGGAAGAGCAGAACCUUGUCGCUUUCCAGUAUCAUGGGAAAAUCUACUAUAGAGUGUGCAGGGCCAUCCUGCCGCAUAGUGAGCUUCUGGUCUGGUACGGGGAUGAAUACGGCAAGGAGCUGGGCAUCAAGUGGGGCACGAGAUGGAAAAGCACAGCGCCACCCAAAG